AUGGCGAUGGACGACAACGAGAGUUGCGGGAGCAGAGCGAUGGAGCCCUUGUCGCCCAAGCAAAAUCGGCUACAGAGGCAGAAGAAUGAAGUGUUUAACCAAGUGCUUAGUAGACUACAGGAUUUGAAUCUCCAAGAGGUUAAACUCCCUGGCUUUGAAGACCAGCUUUGGCUUCACUUUAAUCGCCUCCCUGUUCGUUAUGCAUCGGAUGUAAAUGUGGAAAGAGCAGAAGAUGUGCUCAUGCACAAGAGGUUGCUGGACAUAGCGGAGGAUCCUGAGAAUAGACCUGCCUUUGAUGUCCGCCUUGUGCAGGUUCAGCCUAUGUACACUGGAACGUCAACCAAUACUGUUGAUGUAGAUCCUUCAGUUAAUGAAGAAAUCCCAAGCAUUCAUCCUCCUCCAACUUUUGGUUCAUCACCAAAUCUUCAAGGCCUUGAAAUUCAUGAUGAUAAAGCUCAUGUGAAUCAUGGAGAUAGUGAUAUCAAUUCAACUUCGCGGACAACCAGGCCAAUGCACGAGAUUACUUUUUCAACUAUUGACAAGCCAAAAACGCUCACUCAGUUGACCAAUAUAAUAUCUGAGAUUGGUCUGAACAUUGAAGAGGCCCAUGUUUUUUCAACUACUGAUGGUUUCUCCUUGGAUGUCUUUGUGGUUGAUGGAUGGCCGUAUGAGGAGACGGAGUUGCUUAAGAGUGAGGUGCAAAAGGAAGUUAUGAGGAGCAAGGAGCAGCCACAAGUCCUGCCUCCAAUCAGUGAACCAGGUCAAACAUCUGAAUCAGGCUCCGAUAGUGUAAAAAUACCUACUGAUGGAUCUGAUGACUGGGAAAUUGAUAUCCGCCUGCUGAAAUUUGAAAAUAAAGUAGCAUCUGGGUCAUUUGGAGAUCUGUAUAAAGGUACAUACUGUAGCCAGGAAGUGGCUAUAAAAGUUCUCAAGCCUGAAAAUUUGAAUAUGGAUAUGGUAAAAGAGUUCUCUCAAGAGGUCUUUAUCAUGAGGAAAAUUCGGCACAAAAAUGUUGUUCAAUUUAUAGGGGCAUGCACACGACCUCCCAACCUGUGCAUCGUGACAGAGUUCAUGACCAGAGGAAGCAUCUAUACUUUUUUGCACAAGCAAAGAGGUGCUUUUAAGCUUCCUACUCUCCUGAAGGUUGCAAUUGAUGUUUCUAAGGGAAUGAGUUAUCUGCACCAAAAUAACAUAAUUCAUCGUGAUCUGAAGACUGCCAAUCUUCUGAUGGAUGAACAUGGAGUUGUUAAGGUUGGUGACUUUGGGGUUGCUAGAGUGCAGACUCAAACUGGGGUGAUGACAGCUGAAACUGGAACGUAUAGAUGGAUGGCUCCUGAGGUGAUUGAACACAAACCGUAUGACCACAAGGCUGAUGUUUUCAGCUUUGGUAUAGUGCUGUGGGAACUUCUGACUGGAGAAAUUCCAUAUGCAUACUUAACACCAUUACAAGCAGCAAUAGGUGUGGUGCAACAGGGUCUACGGCCAACAAUUCCUAAGAGCACUCAUCCAAAGCUUGCUGAACUUCUUGAAAAAUGCUGGCAGCAAGACCCAACACAGAGACCAGAUUUCUCGGAGAUUUUGGAUAUUCUGAAGCAACUAACAAAGGAGGUUGGAGAUGAUGGAGAGGACAGACACAAGGACAAAUCAAUCGGUGGCUUUUUCUCGUCUCUUAGAAAGGGCAAUCACUGA